AUGCGUCAACUUGUGUUCCUCCUGCUCUGCUUUCCCUCUCUUUGCCGCUGCUCCUUCCUGAGCGCAAACUCUGGGGCAGUAGGAGAGGAGGCAGCAACCGAGGUAGCUACCACAGAACCUCCUGUGACUGCUGCUACAGUUGAAGAUGCUGCUGAUGCUACGGUUCUUUCUCAGCCAGAAGCUGAUGCAGCUGCUGAGCCGGUAGCGGAUGCAGCUGGUGUCGCUGCGUCUCCAGCAGAGCCUCCGUCUGCAGCAGCAGCAGAUACAGCAGCGUCUGCAUCUCCAGCACCAGUAGCAGAGCGGCAGCGUUCGAUGGACGAAGAGACCGCACCGUAUUAUUUGCCUCUAGGGAGAGCAAUAAAGACGAGGGAGUUCUGGCUGCAGCGAGCUUCAGAACUUGUAGUGAUGGUGGUGACAGUCGUCGCAGUCUUCUGGGCCUACGGUCAGAUGGGUUGCCCUUUUAAGAGGUGGCCUCUUCGUCUCCUCGUUGAGCAGAACGAGCAUGGGCAGACAUUAGACGAAACAGAAAUAGAAGAAGAAUACAGUCAGCAAGAAGAAGAGCAAAUGAGUUAA